AUGGCUGGUUCAAUUGAUAUUCGUCUUAAUCGAUAUACAAAAACAUAUAAUGAAAAUGAUAUUAUUCAAGGUACAGUCAUUAUAUCAUCACCUUCAUCAUUUAAACAUAAUGGUAUUAGUAUAACAGUUGAUGGUUCUGUUCAAUUACAUUUAAGUGGUAAAAGUGUUGGUGUUUUUGAAGCAUUUUAUAAUUCAACAAAACCUGUUACACUUAUUAAUCAAACAAUUGAAUUAGCUAAACCAGGACAAAUAUCAAAUGUUAAAACUGAAAUACCUUUUCAAGUACAAUUAAAAGGUAAACCAAAUAAACCAUUAUAUGAAACCUAUCAUGGAGUAUUUGUUAAUAUUCAAUAUUUUCUUCGUGUUGAUGUUAAACGAACAUUUCUUUCAAAAGAUAUGAGUAAACAAAUGGAAUUCAAUGUUCAAUAUAGUCCUGAACAUGAAUUAGCAGCUGAUAAAGCAGUAACAAAGCCAGCUGCAUUUGAAAUAACAUCUGAAUCAAUACAAACUAUUCAAAAUAAAGUUGAUGUACCAAAAUUCAAACUCUCAGGUCAACUUGAUAAUCUUUGUUGUAUUCUUACGGAACAAUUAUCUGGAGAGUUAACUGUAGAAGAAAGUGAACUACCAAUCAAAUCAAUUGAGAUUCAACUUUUACGUAUUGAAACAUGUGGUUGUGCGGAAGGUUUUUCACGUGAUUCAACAGAAAUUCAAAAUAUACAAAUAGGUGAUGGUAAUGUCGCACAUCAUGCAGAUAUUCCAAUUCGAAUGAUUUUUCCAAGAACAUUUACAUGUCCUACGUUAUCAACAACUAAUUUUAAAAUAGAAUUUGAAAUAAGUAUUGUUCUUGUCUUUGAAGAUGAUCGAAUGAUAUCUGAGAACUUUCCACUUCGAUUAACACGUUAUUAA